AUGCGUCACCCUACCAUCCUUUGGUACGGGUGCGACCACCUCACCCUCACCCAGCUCAAAUGUCCCCUUGAUGUCCUCAACAUGGAGCACACCUUUGACGAAAUUACUCUCGCUUGCUCAGGCGACUCCUGCUGUCUCUGCACUCUCCCCGCGAUUCCUAAUAUCCAAGAGCUAAAAAACAACUGGCUCUCUGCAUCGAAGGUUGCCAAGUUUUUCAAGGUGGAGGCUGACGAUAAAAACAUGGAGGAUCUUAUCACUUUGUUCUUUGAAAUGGGACAUCAUGUGCAAUGUGGAGAGUAUGCUGCAUUGACCCUCGAUGGUGCUACUGCUUCUCGUUCGCCUCCUGCUUCUGAGUCAGGUACUCCUGUUCCAGAGCCUGUUAUUGAGCCUACUCAGGUUCCGUCACCUCGCUCUCCUGUUGCGAAGCAGAGCAAGCGUAGUCGUCCUGUUUCUCAGAACAAACAACCUCAAAACACUAAGAGAAACAAGACCUCGACUUCAAAGCAGUCUAAGACUACGACCACGGUUCAGUCUCAGACUCAGUCUCAGAUCGCUCAGAAGCCUCUUACUUCUCAAACUACACCCGCUAUCCAACCCAACCUCAUGGCAACGGCUCCAGGCCCAGCCCCUGCUCCGAAUUCGACUCAAACUUACGCUCAGGCUCAGCGCCCUGUUCCAUCUCAGCCUACACCCGCGUUCCAACCCGUUCCCACGCCCCAGAGCUUCCCUCGACGGUCCUUCCCUACUCCUGUUUCCCCACCGCUACUCGAAGCCGAAGAAGACGCCCUUCUAGCCGAAACGUUUCUUCAGUGGAAGCACGAGUUGGAUCUCGCCGGAGGUGAAUUCGUGAGGGUCGAUUUUGAACAAAUUGCAGCUUAUAUCGAGUUGGAGGAGAGGUCUGGCAUCAAAAACGGAAACCAGGAUCCGAGCCAAGGUCUGACUGGCGCUGGCGCUGUCUUUGAUGCAGAGUUGCAGCAAGUUUCGAAGCCUCCAAUUGCCCAGCCGAAUGUUCAGGCUCAAGGUGGCCACAAUCAGAAUCCUGCUCAGGCUUGUGUCGCUUUUGAUACCACUGCCCAACAGCAACGUAUGGGUCCUGUCCAUCACGCUACUCAAGAAUUUCCCAACGCGAACACCAGCGCCCCACCUCCAUUACAAAAAGCCCUAAUUCGGCAUACUGCUAAUCCCAGCGUCCAUGCCCAUCCAGUCCAACCAACCACUCAAACGCCCGUCAACGUCAACGGUCCCGCUCAGGUCCCACUUCAGGGCGCCCCGACCCAGCAUCCCAGUGGCCAUGAUCACCCACAGCAUCCUACUCAAAAACCUGUCAACGUGAAUAUCCAUUCUCAGCGCCCACAGCAGCCGAACACUCCAAUUCAGCACAAUGUGCAGAGCGUCCCUCUGCACAGGGCUCUCCCGCAGAUCCUCCCUCAACAAAACGUCCCCCAGCAAGAUGUUCCUCAGCAAAAGGCUCCUCCCCAAGCUGUCCCCCAGCAAAAUGUUCCACCGCAAAGCGCUCCUCAGCAAAAGGCUCCGAUCCAACACGCUGUUCCCCAGCAAACUCACAAUGCCCCCGUUCGCCCUGAGCAAACUCCCUAUGACGGCACAAACUGGGGCGACAAAGGCGUCUAUCUCCCUGACGAAAACGUCUACUUUGCUGGCGACAAGCCUCAUUCUCCCAACUCCAACACUCAACCCUACACUCCACUUCCUGAAUUGGACACUACCUUUGCUCUUUCCGAGAGCGACUCCUUGGCUUUGCAGGAGCGUUUUGAAGAGCAGGCGUCGUUCUUGGAAUUUACGAACAUCGAUGAGCUCUGCGAUGAGUCUGGUGAUGCCAUGAUGCUGGAUGUUUCUGCGUCUUCGGAGCAGCACACUGCGGCCGUCCAAGGUAGUCAGGGACAAAACGUGCACCAGCCCAUUGAUCCUCUGUUAUCGAGCCAGUACGGUAACCAGGCUGUCUAUGAUCGUGUCCAGACCAGUGGCUCGGGUCGAAGUACUCCAUCACAUAUGAACAUGAACAUGAACACUGAACAACCCCUCCUGCAGGAGUUUGUUCAACAACCACCUCAAAUCGUAUUCUACCGAAACGACCCUAACGCCGUCACUCAACCUUCUUCCGAAGAAGUGCACCAGAUCGCCGCCGCGACCAAGCCGAAGCGCAAGGGCCGGGGUAGACCCAGGAAAGCACAAACAGCUUCCGUUACGAUUGUCGACAACGGCAACAGUACCACCAACCCCAACAGAAACGCGAUCACUCAAGACGCUGCUCCUACGAACACCGCCAGUACCACAGGUCCUUCCGCUACAACCACUGCAACCACCACAAAAGACCCAACCCGGGGCAUCUCCAAAGCCACCGCCGCAACCGCCCGCGUAACAAAACAAUCCACCACAACCACCCCUCCCUCCGCAUCCACAACAGUGACCAGAACCCCUCGCUCGCGCUCAAACAGCAACAUCAAAACCAACGCAACAACAAUCACAACUGGCAGAGGUCGAGGCCGCAGCACCAAAAAGAAAGACAACGAACCAAAAGGCACUCUGGUUACCAUCGAGAGACCCCCGGCCGACGACACGGCUGAUCCGACGGAGGAUUAUAUACAGAAAUAUAGUAACCCGGUGGCGAUGCUGACUCCUUGUUCUUCUAAUUGA